GUCGCUUUUCCAAGUUGGCCACAAACACGAAAGAAAAACAAAUAAAAGGAGGAAAAGAAAAAAAAAAAAAACACUCUUAUUUCGUUCCAUUUUUAUCUCGAGAGGAGACGCGACUUUGUUUUCAUCGAGGGAGAGCAUCAACAGUAAUCCAAUCCAUGGCUAGUGUUAAUGUAAAGGGACAUAAGAGAGAAAAGCCUCGAAGUCGUAUAUCACAACAAAAGAGGCAGGAAAUAAAGGAAGCAUUUGAUCUUUUUGACAUAGAUGGUUCUGGCACUAUUGAUGGCAAAGAGUUGAAUGUCGCAAUGAGGGCCUUGGGGUUUGAAAUGACAGAAGAGCAAAUUAAUCAGAUGAUUGCUGAUGUUGACAAAGAUGGCAGUGGUGCAAUUGAUUUUGAUGAAUUUGUGUACAUGAUGACUACCAAGAUCGGAGAGAAAGACACUAGAGAGGAACUUAUGAAGGCUUUUCGUAUUAUUGACCAAGAUAAUAAUGGGAAGAUAUCCGAUGUUGAUAUCCAGCGUAUUGCUAGAGAUUUGGGUGAAAGCUUUACUCUUCAGGAGAUUAGAGAGAUGAUAGAAGCAGCAGAUCGCAACGGUGAUGGAGAAGUAGAUGCCAAUGAAUUCAUCACGAUCAUGAAAAACACGAAGUUCUGUAACUAGGUUUCUGCAAACCUUCCUCGAAUAUCAGAAAACUCGAUGGUCGCCCGAUCUUUACACCCUUGAGAUGAUCGGCAACUGCGAUGCAAUAAAUUUGUUUUGCGAGUCCUCUAAACUAUGGAGCUCUUCUGAGAUAACCAUGUUUAUUUCCCUAGUCAGCCUCUUGUAAAUAUAUAACUUGUAGUUCCUUCUUCUAUAACGUAUUUACGGAGUUUCUGUCUAAUGUUUGUGAUGCUUUUUUUUUUAGAUAAAUGGUGUUUGUGUUGUUAAAAAUGGUGAUUUAUACAUGGAAAUGGCAGUUUAAGUUAUUAUGGAAUAA